ACUCCUCCGCCGCGACGAGCCUCGAUCCCUUCGCCGCCCAGAGAGUUCACGCCCGAACAAGCAGCGGCUGUGAGACGGAUCAAGCAGUGCAGAGGGUACUACGAGAUUCUAAGCGUGGAGAAGGGCGCCAACGACGCACAGAUCAAGAAGGCGUACCGUAAACUGGCACUGACGUUCCAUCCGGAUAAGAACCAGGCCCCGGGUGCGGACGAGGCGUUCAAAAGUAUUAGUAAGGCAUUCCAAGUGCUGAGUGACAAGAGUCUCAGGCAGCAGUACGAUCUGUAUGGCGAAGAGGGAGCACAACGUGCACAACAACAGGGCGCGCGCGGCGGAGGCAUGCAAGGAGCGUAUGGACAGGCGUUUACACCUGAGGAGAUAUUCCAGAUGUUCUUCAAUGGCGUGCGUCCCGAGGAUUUGAGGAGGGGCGGUGGUGGCGCAAGGCGCACACACCAACAACCCGGCUUCAGGACGUUCCAAUUUGGCGGACAACAAGCGCAGGGUCACAGCAACGGCUCGGGGAUCAGUUUCAUGCACAUACUACCGUUCGUGCUGAUGUUCCUUCUGUCCAUGCUGAGUGGCGGUAGCGAUAUCAAACCGUUUGACCUGCGUCAAACCUCAGACCAUCCCCUGCCCAGGCGAACCACCACCAGGGAAGUGCCGUACUUUGUACGACGUAAUUUCAACCAAGAAUUCCAGGGCAAACCUCGAGAUCUCAGUCGCAUGGAAGAGACGGUAGAGAAGGAGUGGCUAAUCAAAACGCAAAACCACUGCAACUCGGAGAACUAUAAUAUGAAGCGCAAUCUGGACGCGGCCAAGUACUACAAUGAUGCGAAAAGGAUAGAGAGAGUCAUGAAUACCAGGAAGCCGUACUGUGAGCAAUUGAAGGCGUUCAAGGACGGUAACCUGGGCGAAUACUUAAAUGGGGCCAAGGAGAAAGUUAGAUCGGUGCCUCGUUAAUCUGUGCGGCGUUAACCUUAGGCACGGGUCUACAACUCUGCAUGUAUCUAUA